UCUGAAUCUCCAUUAUAUGAAAUUUAUAAUACCGGUGAUUUUAUUUAUUAUCAAGAAAAUGGUAUGAGAUUAGCUAUAGUUUUAGCAAAUGAAAUUUUAAAACUAAAGGUUCAAAAAAUUAUUAAAUUUAAUAAACUUUCAAAAAAUAUUCAAAGCAGCAACCAGCAAGUUAGUUCUCAAUCAGGAGAG